AUGGGUUCGCAUGAGGCUGACGCAACGAGAGAUGUCAUUACUGGUACAUUUUCUAUAAACUUAAUUCCUGUUAAAAAUCUGUUUGAUUCUGAUGCAAUGAAUUCUUUCAUUUUUAAAGCGAUGCUUCUAAAACUAUCGUAUUGUCUGAAAAAUGUAGAUGACAGAGAUAUUCCUAUAGAACUUCCAACUAGGAGUGUAGUUCAUUGUCCUAGGGUCUAUAAGGAUGUUCCUAUAAAGAUUAAGGGUAAGGAAUUUAUGUCUAACUUGAUUGAAUUUGAACUAGGAGACCUCGAUAUAAUUCUAGGAAUGGAUUGGUUAUGUCGCUAUAAUGGUGAGAUUCGAUGUCAUUCUCUUGAAAACGACUCAGGGAGAGCUUGUAACCCAUUAGAGGCAUGGAAAACAGAGACACACUAA